GGAAGGGAAUGUUUGCAAAGACACUCUGUAGAUAUUCAAGAGCAGAAACACACACACACACACCCGAGUCAAGGGUCCUAAAAAUUGCUCUUGAUGAUUACGGUACUAGUCUGCAGCAUUCAGUCUGAGGUGAAAAAGCCCCCAACUCUGGCUACGUUCUCGGCGCACAGGCUGCGUUUCCCGCCCAGAGGCGUCACGUCACCAGGACGCCGCCAGCUCGGUGGAAGGCGCCGGCAGGCGACUCCCUCCGGCCGCGGGAAGGAGCUGCCGGCUGCGGCGAAGGCUGGCUGGGCCGUUCGCGACUUCCUCGGCCAGGGGGUGGGGGGUGUGCGCGGAAAAGGCGGAGUCCACCAGGGAGAGACGCCACCUCCGGGGGCAUGGCAGAGCCCGUCAGGGGGCCGCCCCAGCGGCUGCCGCUCCUUAAUACUGGGACGGCGGCGGCGUGCGGGUGGCUGCGCCUCCAUCAGCGCUCCUUCGCGCCCGGCGGCGUUGCUAUGCGGGACUAUGACGACCUGGUGGCCUUUCUGGGCGAGUGGGGCCCCUUCCAGCGCCUCGUCUUCUUCCUGCUCAGCGCCAGCAUCAUCCCGAACGGCUUCAACGGCAUGUCGGUCGUCUUCCUGGCCGACACCCCGGAGCACCGGUGCCGGGUGCCGGCCAGCGCCAACCUGAGCGCCGAGUGGCUCAACGCCAGCAUCCCGCUGGAGGUGCGCGACGGGCGGCAGGUGCCCAGCCGCUGCCGCCGCUACCGCCUCGACGCCCUGCGCAACUUCUCGGCCGCCCGGCUGGAGCCCGGCCGCGACGUCAACCUCAGCCAGGUGGAGCAGGAGAAGUGCCUGGACGGCUGGGAGUACAGCCGCGACCCCUUCCUUUCCACCAUCGUCAGCGAGUGGGACCUUGUCUGUGACAAUGACUGGAAAACACCAUUAACUACCUCUAUGUUUUUUUUGGGUGUGCUGUUUGGAUCCUUUUUAUCUGGACAACUCUCAGACAAGUUUGGUCGAAAAAAUAUUCUGUUUAUAACCAUGGGAGUCCAGACUGGUUUUGGCUUCCUCCAGGUCUUCUCAACAAGCUGGGAAAUGUUUUCCGUUCUCUUUCUCAUAGUUGGAAUGGGACAAAUCUCUAACUAUGUAGCAGCAUUUGUACUUGGCACAGAAAUUCUUGGCAAAUCAGUCCGCAUUAUAUACUGCACGUUAGGCGUUUGCCUAUUUUAUGCGUUUGGCUACAUGUUGCUGCCCCUGUCUGCUUACUUCAUAAGAGACUGGCGGGAACUGCUACUGACCCUUUCUUUGCCUGGGUUGCUGUACAUUCCACUGUGGUGGUUCAUUCCAGAAUCCCCUCGGUGGCUGCUCUCUCAAGGAAAGCUUCAGGAGGCAGAAGCCAUCAUUCGAAAGGCUGCACAAAUGAAUGGUGUUACUGCUCCAGAAGUUAUAUUUGACCCUGCUGAGCUACAAAAUUUGAGUUCUCAUGACCAGCAGAUAUACAGCAUUUUGGAUCUAGUGAGGACCCAGAACAUCCGAUGUAUCACCAUCAUGUCUGUAAUUUUAUGGAUGGUCAUUUCCAUAGGCUACUUUGGCCUCUCUCUGGACACUCCUAACUUGCAUGGGGACAUCUAUCUCAAUUGCUUCCUUUCGGCGGUAAUCGAAGUCCCAGCUUAUACCAUCUCUUGGCUACUCCUCCAGUAUCUGCCCCGGCGAUAUUCCAUGGCUGGAGUCUUGUUUUUAGGAGGCGGUGUCCUUCUCUUCAUUCAGUUGGUGCCUACAUAUCUCAGCAUUCUGUCUAUUAUCCUGGUAAUGACUGGAAAGUUUGGGAUCACAGCCUCCUUCUCAAUGGUGUAUGUGUACACAGCUGAACUCUACCCAACCGUUGUGAGGAACAUGGGAGUUGGUGCCAGCUCAAUGGCCUCCAGACUUGGCAGCAUCCUUUCACCUUAUUUUGUAUAUCUUGGUGCCUAUGAUAGAUUUCUUCCCUACAUUUUAAUGGGAAGUUUGACCGUGCUUACAGGAAUUCUGACCCUCUUUCUUCCAGAAAGCUAUGGUGCACCUCUUCCAGACACCAUUGAGCAGAUGCUAAGAGUUAAAGGAAUUAAAUACAGAAAUACAAAUAAAAGCCAAAAGAAAUCAGAGGAUAAAGAAGAAAAUUCAGAGAUUCUGAAAAGCACAUCUUUAUGAUGGAAAUCUAUUGUAUACUAUAUUAUGAACUGAAGAAUACCUAAACACUUCCUUUAAUUUACUUCUAGAUAGGAUUAAUGGAAACCUCUUUUUUCCUAUAAAGAUAAACCUAUUUAUUAAACACACAUUCAUUUUUGUGAAUGCAAAUAUACUGUAUAAUCUCCCUAUGGGAUCUCUAGCAGCAGUAUGCAAGGUUUUGUGGGAAAUGAUUGGGUGAUUGGGGUCUGCUUGCCUUUAGGACUGCUGGCAAAUAACCCUUCUUGUACUGUCAUGGUUUUUAAGAGAUGAUUGAAGAUGGAGAUUGAUGAAUUGAUUUUAGUACUUAGUUAGCACUGGUAAAAGGCAGAUAUGUUCUGGACCUGCAGUUUUGUCAAAUGGGAUUAACAGUCAUGAAAUAAUUGCUACCAAGAUAAAAUAAAAUUUAACAAAGUUAAUGCAGAAUGCUUUAAUCAGUGUUUUACACAGAAAUGGAAAGUGUUUUUGAAUUGGCAGUCUGGUUUUGCUUGCAACACUACUUUGUGUUUUUCAGAUAUAGUUUAAUAAUAACUACUGGAUAUAAUUUUUUACAUCUGGGAAUUACUGUAUGUAUAUGCCUUAUUUAGGCAUAUAUAAAUUUUUAAAAAAACACUGAGUAGCCUGAAUCUGUAGUCCUUCUGUUUUCUUUCAGGUGUUCCGUAAACUGAACUUUCUCCAAGUUACUUUUAAGUCUGAAAGGCAGUGGAGCUAAGAAAUGUCUGCAUUUCCAAUAAUCUUUUUCCAUCUGUGCCUGAAAUAUUUUGAAUUACAUACUGUUUAUGUAAUAAAGCUACUUGAGAAGCCUGAA